AUGGUUCGCUGCAAAAAACCAGAGAGCCUCGUCCGGGAAGUCAUGUACCCUAAGAACAUCAGACUGAAGCCAGGUGACCCACGCCUCUAUGGCAUCGAGAACAAGCCCCUCGCUGUGCACCAGUAUGUGCAGCUUAUGGCCUACUAUGAUAAAGAGGUGCAUGUUGACGAGACGGGCCUGCACGUUUACCCAAGGUAUCCGUUCAUUGCGGCAUCUCCCGAUCGCAUCGUCUACGACGGCGAAGGAGUUGGCUUGCUUGAGGUGAAGUGUCCCUGCAGUAAGAGGGGUCAAACACCAAAGGGUGCCGCCCUGGACAAAAAGUUCUUUGCCCACAUCGUUGAAGGUGAAGUUACGCUCAAGCGGGGCAGUGCUUACUAUUACCAAGUGCAAGGACAGCUGGCUGUCACUGGGCUUCCUUGGGCAGACUUUGUCAUCUGGACAAACAAUGUACUUCUGUGCGACUCUAUCAGUGUUGAGCGGAUAGCUUUUGACAACACCUUCUGGGACGGCACCAUUCUUUCAGGGCUACUCUAUUUCUACGAGCGUGUGGUGAUCCCAGAAAGAAUCACUCAACGAGUUCGACGUCUUGGCAGGCUGCACACUACUGAACCUGGACAUGUAUCACAUGAGAUGCACGUGGCAGUAUUUUAUAUCGCUCGCAUGCAUGAAAAUCCAUUGAAGCUCACAUUCGAAAGAGUCAAGUAG